AUGGCGGCUGCGACGCGACGCUCCGUACUCCGCCGCAAUAGCCUUCUGCCCCUGUUCGAAACGUGCCGCCUUCGAGAUCUCUUCUUCUUCUCCUCCUCUGUCGACCCUGCCGCCGCUGUAGGCGUCACCAUAUCUCCAGAUCCCAACUUCAUGGUGGAAUACCUCGUGAACUCCUGUGGGCUCUCCCCCCUCCGAGGCAGCCAAGGCUUCGACGGCGCCGGUAUCAGGAAGGUGAUAUCUGGGGAUCCCAGAUACUUAUGCUGCAACGUGGAGAAGAACCUCACCCCGAAGUUUCAGUUCUUACGCGAUUUGGGCCUAUCGGAGUCGGACAUCGUCGAUGUCAUCCGGAAUAACAAUGAGAUCCUCUGCCGCAACGUUCACCGUUCCUUCGUCCCCAAAUUCGUUGAGAAGACAUUGCAUCCUAACCUAAAGUUCUUGAAGGAUGAGUGCGGCAUUCCUGAAGAAAGGCUCUCUCUCGUCUUGAGAAGUCACCCACAAUUAAUCUCACAGAAACCAGACUCUCUCGGAGCUUUGGUGGCGAGAGCCGAUGAGCUGGGGAUGCCACGGCAAUCUCGGAUGUUCAUGUGGACACUUAAUAUUCUCCAGAGGGUAAGCAGAGAAAGGUUCGAGGCCAAGGUCGAGCUCAUGAGGAGCUUCGGGUGGUCGGAGUCGGAGUUUUCUUCUGCAGUCACGAAAAAUCCCACCUUCUUAGGCAUUUCCCUCGAUAUGUUGCGGAGAAAAGUGGAUUUUUUUAUCAAUGUGGUCGGUUACACCCCUUCCUUCAUCGCCGACAAAUCAAAUCUCUUGCUAUUUAGUCUGCAGAAGAGGGUAAUUCGUCGGUUUCGUGUCACAGAGAUGUUGAAAUCGAAAGGAUUGUGGACUGGACAAGGCUAG